UUUAUGUUUUGAUUUUCUAUGCCUGCCGUGCCUCUCAUUGAUGAUUUUGAGGAUUUAGCAUCCUCAUCCCCCCCGUAAGAUGGCUUCAGCGAUCCUCUUUCCCUUGGCUUUGAAAUCUGGUGGUUUUCCUCUAGAAGCAAGCGACUAUUCCGCUAUAUUUGGACUUCCGUGGACUUCGUUGCAUUUCAAACUUCUAUUUGGAUUGGGUAUCCGUGGAUUUCAGAGUAAAAAUGGGUCACAAAAAAAACUUUCAUUCUCUUCCUGCCGCCUUGUAUUCUUGCUCUUCCCACUUUUGAUUGUUCUUCUUUUUGUGGAUCGAAGGCUCACUACUUUGCAUGUGAUUCCUUUUAUCAAACAGGCGUCCCAAGUAGCGGCAUCUCUUCGAUUGGUUGUUGGACAAACCAUUUUGCAGCCCCGAGUUAGUCGAAGACAAUUGUUGAUUCAUGGCUCCAAAUGUGAGAGUUUGUACUCUGAAAUUUGUAGUCACACACUCAUAAUAUCUGCCAUAUUUUGAAUGAGUUCUGAUGUACUUGUGUGUGAUUAUCACUCUGGUAUUUCUGUUUCCACAAAGGGAUUUUUACUUGACUGGCCUUGACAGUGGCAUUUGGACACCCUUUUUGUGUUCCCAUUCUUGCCAUAUUUUUUCUUUAACAUUUGUACAAUAUGAUGCCUUUUCCCAAAAAAAAUCUUUCUGUAGUUUUGAUUUGUCUACCAAGUCUUUUGGUGUUUAAUACAAAGGUUACCAUGUGAAUGGGUUUUCCAAAUAAUUUGGGGAAUUUGGCAGUAAGCUUUUCCCUCUCUGUAAUUUUGGGAUGGCAAGUGUUUAAU